GCACAUUGAGCGCGCAGUCACCAUGUGUAAUGUCACUGCGUCUGAUCGGUGGCUCUCUGAAUGACAGAAGGGACGUGAAUAAAAUGUGUUUGUGGUGGGGACCUCACAUCAUGCAGGAUCUGUUCACUUAUCUGUUGAACCAACACCAGUGACGUCAUUAUUGAUGGGAUAUUGAAGACAGUUGGGAGCAAAAGCUUGUUUGGGAUGCAGCGGUUUGUGUGUGCUAGAGUUUUCCAGCAGACUGCUGUCCUGCUGCAGAUCAGUCCUCCGUCCUGCAGCCGUCCUGCACAGAUACUGGGCCCCAAGGCCCACAGCCGCUGGAAAUGCCCAAGCUCCAGCCCACGAUGGCUGUGUUCUCCGGCCUCUCAGAAAAACAGCAGCAGAGAUCAUCCGGUAAACCCAGAUCCAGGGCAGGAGGAGCCGGAUCCUCUGCAGGACAACUCCAUCGGCCUUAUUCAGAGAUUCAAGAAGACGUUUAAACAGUACGGCAAAGUCAUGAUCCCUGUGCACCUGGUGACAUCUACCGUGUGGUUCGGUACUUUUUACUACGCUGCAAUGAAAGGAGUGAAUUUGGUGCCAUUUCUUGAGUAUGUUGGGUUUCCUGACAAGGUGGUGAAACUUCUGGAGAAUUCUCAGAGCGGUUAUGCACUGACGGCAUAUGCCAUGUACAAGAUCGCCACACCCGCACGGUACACGGUGACUCUCGGAGGAACGUCGCUGUCUGUGAAGUACCUGAGGAGGCACGGACACAUGUCCACCCCUCCACCCGUGAAGGAAUACCUGCAGGAGAAGAUGGAGGAGACCAAAGAGAGGAUCUCCGGGAAAAUGGAGGAGACGAAGGAUCGUAUCUCCGAGAGGAUGGAGGAAACGAAAGACAAGUUCACAGAAAAACUUCAAGAAACCAAAGACAAAGUGUCUUUCCGAAAGAAAAAGGAAUAGGUUUAUAGACUUACGAAAGGUCACAAAGUGAUUUUAUCACCCCAUAAUGUCCUGAAGAUUCACGUUAUUUAACAAUAUAGCACACUUAAGGAAAACGGCAUGUCUUAAGCGCAGACGGUAUAAAGUAGUAUAAUGUAGGCUGUAUGCUCUACACUUCCUGUUCACAUAAUAGGCUAAAUUAUCACAUGGUAGUGAGAUUGUGACUCAUAAAUUGACCACAGUCUGCUGAAAGCCGUUGGGCUCUACUUGAAGUGUUUUUAAUGGAUGAGAGUGUGUUUUCUAAAGAGAAACAGUGGGUGGAAUGUUUCCAGUAUCAUAUAUGUAAUAUUUUGUUCAUGUAACAAUAUCGCACUGCCUCUUUCAAUUCUUGCAUUUGUGUAAUGUUAUUUAAAUGAUGGAUUCUAAACGGCACAGACUCGUUACAUAGGUUA